UCACUUGUCUGUCGAGAAACUUUCCAAUUCCUAACCACUGGUGGGCUUCUGUCCAUUAUUUCAGCAACAAGCUAGUACUAGUUGGAAAGAACGGUAGGGAUCGAUCAAGCUUCUCAAUUCACAUAAUGGCCAACGCUACUGCUAGUUCUUCAAGCAAUUCUACCAUACAAAGAGGAGGAUGCAAAGAUCGUCAGCUGAACAAUGAUUAUGAUAUCAGGAUGUGGGUAGGGUCCAUCGAGGAAGAACGACGAGGGGUCUGUUCGUGGCAAUCUGGAUCUACUAUAUUCCGAGUGCCCAACUAUCUUCGAAAGAUAAAGCCAGAAGUCUACAUACCUCAGUCAGUCUCAAUUGGUCCUUUGCACUAUAACGAAGAACACUUACAACCCAUGCAAGUACAUAAGUUGCGCUAUUUAAAUCGUUUUCUAGAUCGACACAAAUGGAAAAUUAGCUUGGAUGAUUGUGUCAAAGCAGUGAGUGAGUUAGAAGAAAAGGCUCGAAAAUGUUAUUCAGAAACCACUGGAAGGGGGUUCGAAAAAGAUGAGUUUGUAAAGAUGAUGGUGAUAGAUAGUUGCUUUAUACUGGAGCUCUUCGAGAUCAUUAAAAAUGAAGAGAAUGAUUUGUUUUUAAAUCCGUCAUGGUUUCAUCCCGUUCUCUUUGACCUGAUUACUCUUGAAAAUCAGCUUCCCUUGUUUGUUCUUGAGCAUAUAUAUGGUCUAAUCUACGAAUUGCAGACCCCGAUGAACAACUUCAGUCAAGCUAUCUAUGAUAGGCUCUUAAGGUGGUUCGACCUCCAUGACGCAUCUCAUGAACAAUUAACUUCAGUAUCACUUCCAGAGGGCGGAGUAAAGCAUUUGCUUGAUCUUUUACGAAGUGUCCUGGUCAAUUCAUCUAGGAGGAUUAGAAAAGCGGCCAAAAAGUGGUUGGUGCACACGAAUUGUGCUUCCGAACUUGAGAGAGCGGGUGUCAAGUUCCAGAAGUUGGAGCCAUCGUCGUCCCCGGAGUCAUCUUUAUUUGACAUAAACUUCGACAUAAACAAGGGAGUAUUAACAAUCCCAACCAUUACUAUUUUUGACGAGACAGAACACACUCUUAGAAACCUCAUUGCCCUUGAGAAAGGUCAAGUACUAGACAUUACUACUGAUUAUUUCACAGCCUAUGCAGCCUUCAUGGAUGGCCUCAUUGAUACUCGCAGUGACGUGGAGUUGCUAGAAAAGAAGGGAAUUAUUGUGAACAACAUUGGCAACCCAGAAGAUGUGGUGACCUUAUUUAACAAUAUUGUCAAACAUGUUACAGUCCAGGAUCCUUAUUUCUCUGGUGUUAUCGAGGAUGUGAUAGACUAUUACAAUAAACCAUGGAAUAGACGGCAGGCAAGUUUGAUGCAGAACUAUUUCAACACACCAUGGGCAUUUAUUUCAUUUCUUGCUGCACUCUUCCUUCUCAUCUUGACAGUUGGACAGACUAUUUGUUCCAUCUUACAAGUUGUAUGGACACAACCGCCUUAAUUAAUUAUUAUUUAGUAGAUUAUUAAUUGUUGAAAUCUUGUUGGACUCAGAUGCUAUCCUUUUGUAUUGAUGGUUUUUUUCUUUCUUUUUUUUCAUUUAUUUAAAAUUUUAUAAGAAUGAAAGAACAUGUGGCAAUAGCAGUGAAGUCGAAAUUUUGUUUUCUAUUUAUUGCUUUCUUAGUAGCAUGCAACUGAUUGCAA